AUGAAUGGUAAUCAACCAUCAUCGGUUGUAAUCUUAGAUAAUAAAGACUUAACUAGUCCUGUGCAUGAAUUACAGUCAUUCACUUCUAUUUGUAAAGCACUACAAUGGAAAUAUGUACGAGUUCGCGUACCGAUUUGUUGGAAGAAACUAUCACAAAGUCGAUACAUGAUGGCAAAUAUUGUUUAUUUGUUUUAUUCUAUUGGAAUAUUGAUUAUCAAUUUUCAUCCUAGUUUCAAUGAAACUUCUUCGACAAACUCGCUUUCAGCUUUCCCUGAUCUCAAUGACUCAAUUGAGCAUAAUGUAAAUGUGAAUCGAUAUUAUGUUCUACUCGGCGUUUUACAUCUAAUCUCAGCAUUUCUCUAUUGGUGGGCGUGGCAAGGUCGAUCAUGUCUGGAUAUUAUCAUGAUUCCUGAAUAUUUGAACCAUAUCGAAGCUGGACUUUAUCUCUGGUCAGCGUUUUGGUAUUCCAAACAGGAUACACUCGGUGGAUAUUACACAUUAGCUGUACAUAAAAUUGAAUUAACGGCAGCUAUCAUUGAAUUAAUUGCUUCAUUUGGAUGGGUCAUGUCAUGGUAUAUGACAUACACGAGAACCUUAGGACGAGGUUUCACUUUCGAUGAUCCAGAUACAAUGGCAUAUCUCACAACAACAAUUAGCGCGUUCAUCUACAUUACAUACAAUAUUCAAAUUAACCUUUACCCGGAACGAUACGGAAUGAAUAUGCUGUAUAAAUAUGGUGAUAUACUGUAUUUCAUUGGUGCUUUGUAUUACAUAGCUGCAGGCUUACGAGACGAGAAUUGCUUUUGGUUUCUACCAUUAGCUGGACAAUAUGGUGUAGCAGCAGGAAGGAUUCGUGUGGAAACAAAAGAGUUACCACAGUUUGGUAAACCAACAAUUUUUGUGACAGAUGUGUGUAAACGAGUGUCUCAUCAGGAAUUUAAUAAUCAAAACGAAUUAGAUAUGGACCAUCCUCAGAUACUCUCAUCAAGUUAA